AACGUUGGCCGUGUUUUGCGUCACACCAAAUUAGCCGAUGGAUUGGAUUUGAAGCAAGUAACUGUGCCGAUUGGCGUUCUAUUGGUGAUAUUCGAAUCACGUCCAGAUUCAUUACCGCAAGUGGCUGCGUUGGCAAUGGCUUCUGCGAACGGUCUUUUGUUGAAGGGGGGCAAAGAGGCAGCUCAUAGCAAUCGAAUGCUUAUCGAACUGGUGAAAGAGGCACUAUCGAGCGUUGGAGCUGAAAAUGCCAUUUCUUUGGUUUCAACACGUGAAGAAAUCAGCGAUUUGCUCUCGAUGGACAAACACAUAGAUCUCAUAAUUCCACGAGGCUCCUCUGAAUUAGUUCGUUCAAUUCAACAACAAUCACAACACAUUCCAGUAUUGGGGCAUGCAGAAGGCAUAUGCCAUGUCUUCGUUGACAAGGACGCUGAUUUACAGAAGGCAUUGAAGAUAAUUCGUGAUGCAAAAUGCGAUUAUCCGGCGGCAUGCAAUGCAAUGGAAACUUUACUGAUUCAUGAAGACCUAAUGAAUGGUUCAUUCUUUGCCGAUAUUUGCAACUUGUUCAAACGCGAGGGUGUUAAGUUGAAUUCGGGACCUAAAUUGAAUCAAACGCUUACAUUCGGCCCGCCACUCGCAAAAUCAAUGCGUCAAGAGUACGGUGCAUUAGAAGCAACCAUCGAAGUGGUAACUGGACUAGACGAAGCAAUUGACCACAUUCAUAAAUAUGGCAGCAGCCAUACCGAUGUUAUUAUCACAGAGAAUGAAUGGGCAUCGAAAUAUUUCCAAAAGCAUGUAGACAGCGCUUGUGUAUUCCACAAUGCAAGUUCACGUUUUGCUGACGGUUUCCGUUUCGGAUUGGGAGCUGAAGUUGGUAUCAGUACAGCACGUAUCCAUGCUCGUGGACCAGUGGGUGUUGAAGGUUUACUUACAACAAAAUGGAUUUUAUCUGGUCAGGAUCAUACAGCAUCUGACUUUGCUGAUGGUGGCCGCCAAUGGAUUCAUCAAAGCUUACCAUUAGACCAAAACUGAUAAUUAACCCUUUUUAUUCUAACGAGUAAAAGAGAAAAUCAAAUCUACUCCCAAGUUUUUCGUCUUGUCAAAAUCUUUAGCUUUUUAUUAAUCAAGACGUUUGUCUUUCGUUUGUAUUUUUUGGUAUUCAUUUUGUGAAUUUUUCGAUGUUACUCUCGUUUUGUUUUUAUUUUUGUUAAGAAGUAAUGUUGUGAUUUAUGUUGUGUUUUAUAAUUAUUAUCAGAUGAAUAAAAGAAAAAAAAAAGAAUACAUAUCACAA